AUGCUAAUCGGGAAAUUCCAGGCUGGUCAUUGGCGGCGGAAAAUGGCCUGGGCAGCUGGGCCGGAGUGGACGUUGUUCCAUUCGAAACGUCUCGCAUCGAGCCCCAGACUUUCCCCCACGUCACUGUGCAAAGAAAGAUCUCUCCAAAGCAGAUCUUCACCACGCCCAAGGGAAAAACCGUGGUUGAUUUUGGCGAGAACAUUGUCGGGUUUGUUGAGUUCCAAAACGCCACGGCUCCAAAAGGCUACCAGAUCCAGUUCAAGCAUGCUGAAGUUAUGGAGCAUGGAGAGUUGGGCACCAGACCGUUGCGCGAGGCCAAAGCUACAGACACAUACACAUUCAAGGGAGAAAAAUCGGGCGAGCUGUAUGCUCCACGCUUUACUUUCCACGGCUUCCGCUACUGCCAAGUGGAAGAUGUUUCGAAAGCACUUUCGCUUGAGGAUUUGCGUGCGGUGGUGA